CCGUCAUAUGUCCUUGACAAACUCCUACGUGAAGGUUCACACUAACGAACAGAAUACCGGUAUUUUCGGUCCGAUAUCCCGCCCUUUGUGAACACGCACCACGUUGCUAGAAAGCGGCAAGAAAAGCACCACCACCAUGUCUUCUGCAUCUGCACGAGCACAAGCCCGUCGACAAGCCAUCCUCAGUCGUGGCAGUGACCGACUCGCAAAACUCACCACAUCCGGUCGAGGCGAAGAUGCACCGGCUUAUAUGCACGACGAUCCGCCUGUCCCAAAACUUUCCAGCCUUUCGAACUUUGCAGAAGAAGGGACAUCCAUACCGACACCUCCUUCUCGAGGAGACACAGUUCCCACUGGCGCGCCAGAUCCAUCGGUAUGGUCCGAGCAACAGCAGCAGCAGCUCAUGCAGGCGCUCAUGGGGCGAUUACCUGCAGGAGCCGAGACGUCGCCCAUGCCUAACCUAGAGGACAAUCCCUUUUUAUCCAAUCUCCUUGCGGCUUCUGGAGGGGGUAACGGAAAAGGUGGUUUAGCUGGUGGUAUGCCAGCCAUGGGCAAGGUUCCAGAGCCAGUCGUGCAGCCAAAAUCCCUUUUGCAAAAAUUACUACCACUGCUCCAUCUCGUCAUCAUGUGGGGUUUCCUGGCAUUCUUUGUACUGUACAAGGAGCCCCAAGUACAGGAGGCGUUAGGAGGAUUGACGAACGAUCCAAGGAAUGCGCUGUGGCAGAGAUGGGCUGAACUUGGGUCGGAGAAAGGUCGUAUUCAGCUAGUGCCGUUUUUCUGGGCAUUGACGACGAUUCAAAUUGUUUUGCACUCUACUCGCAUAUUCGUUGGCACAGACGCGGCACCUCUGCCUUUCCUACUGAAUAUGGCUGUUCCACUCCUGCCACCACAGCUUUCAUCCACCAUUGUCUAUGGAUGGAAGUACAUUUCGCUGUUCUCUAUGCUGCUUGAUGACCUUGCGGGACUGAUUGUUGGACUGGGAUUCAUAGUAUGGUUGGCAUCAUGGUUCGCUGCAUAGUUGUUUAAUCCCAGAUUUUUGUGGCAUU